AUUUGACAAUGUCAUAUUGGAAUAAUAAUUUACUUUUAUUUUCAUACUUUUGUAUUUUGAUCCAUUUAGUCCAAAUUGAUGGUGAAACAUGUCCAGAUGAAUUCAUAUUGUACCACAACAUUUGUCUGACUUUACCGCAUGAGAAAAGUCUGGAUUGGCCUAACGCAGUGGGAAAAUGUCAAGAUAUUGGAGGAACGCUUCCUACAAUACACAGUGCUGGCAAACAGAAAAUUCUGGAAAGUUUCAUCUCUGAGCACUUUAACGUUACCAUCGAGAACAUUGAUCUACCUCCGGAAUACAAAUAUCAUUACUUAGACGACUUCUCCACGUUUAUAAGGAAAGAGAAACACAUUAAAUUUGAAGUCAUGGGAUGUAACGACGCACAUUUAAUCCUGUCAAAAAACAGAAAUGAUACUGUAGACUCCUAUGAAAUUGUCCUAGGAGGCUGGGGCGACACGCAAUCAGCCAUUCGGACACGCAAACAGGGAAACACAAUGGCAAAUGCUUUCCACAGUCCACUAUCUUGCAACACAUCCAGAUCGUUCUGGGUGAGCUGGGAUAAUGGAACAAUCAUGGCUGGAGAAGGUCAAGUCGUCGGUAAUGGCACAUUUAUGAAGUGGACAGACCCAAACCCACAUGGUGUUAACUUCAUAGGAAUUUCUUCUUGGAACACUGCAGAAACGCAUUGGAAAUUCAACAAAGAUUCCUAUAACGCCACAUUUUGGCUCAGUGGUACAGAUCUAGAACACAGCAGGGAAUGGGUAUGGUUUCCAGAGAAAGGCUUUAUAGAUUAUAAAAACUGGCUUCCAGAAGAGCCGAGGUACUUCCCCCCUCACCAACAUUGUAGUCACAUGUCACUCGAUAGUAACUUCCGGUGGGGAACAGACAACUGCAUGCUGGGAAGAAAUUUUAUUUGUGAAUUAGAUACAAGUUCUGAAUCAACAAACAUUCUAUUUGGUUAAAAGUAGAAAUAUUAUUGCAUAUGAUAUUUAUUA